AUGGGAGUGUCACAGAGAACCGUCAUUGACCCCUUUCUAUUCCCUCUUAUGGUUGAUGACAUAAAACCCAAACAACCUGAAACUAACGUAUUGGUUAAAAUUGCUGAUGCCAUGACCGUUAGUACACCAGUAAAGUCAAAUAGUGAUUAUGCAACAAUGGAGAUGAGAAACAUCGAGAACUGGGCAAGGAGAAACAGAAUGACUUUAAAUUCAUCCAAAACUUGGGAGAUACUUCUGAGUGGUGGAACUUCUAAGCCGCUACCAGUGCCUAUAAAAGGUACUAAAUGUAAGAAAUGGUUAAAACUGCUAGGUGUUACUUUCGAGAACGGUGCGGUGUGCUGCUGGGACCUACACGUUGAUGGCUUGUUGCCGAAGGCUGGAAGUCGAACGUAUAUUCUAAGAGUAUGUGAAAUGUACGGAUAUCGGAAGGAACAUCUCAGUUAUUUUUUUUGA